UAGAGCCUAGCAACGGCGCAGGCUCCCGGCGGAGUCCGUUAUGGCCGCUGCUGUCUUGAGGAGGAUGAGGGGAACCGUGCAAACGAAACUGCUGUCCUCGCCCGGCCUCCAGGUCCCGGGAGGGUUGGCACAGCCGCUGGUCCUGGCGCUCCUGCUUGCGUCCGCCACCUUGUCCAGUGCUGUACAGCAGACUGAUUUGCCAAGCCAAACUGUACUCCAGACACAUGUUUCUGCUCCAAAUAUGAGUGCUUUAACACAUGAAAACCAAACCAGACUUUCUGUCUCCCAAGUCAGCACCACUCUCCAUCCCACAACUAGUACAGAGAAAGGUGGAGGGGCAUCUGUGGCCCCUCAUCCCUCACCUACUACUUUCCUGUCACAAGAGGAGACAGAUAACAAUGAAGAUCCCAGCAUAGAGGAGGAGGAUCUUCUUACGAUCAAUAGUUCUCCAUCUACCGCCAAAGACACUCUGGACAAUGGAGACUAUGGAGAACCAGACUAUGACUGGACCACCAGCCCCAGGGACGAUGAGUCCAGUGAGGCUCUGGAAGAAAACAGGAACUACAUGGAAAUUGAACAGUCAGUGAGAUCUUUUAAGACCCCAUCCUCAAAUAUUGAAGAAGAAGAUAGCCAUUUCUUUUUUCAUCUCAUUAUUUUUGCUUUUUGUAUUGCUGUUGUUUACAUUACGUAUCACAACAAAAGGAAGAUUUUCCUUCUGGUUCAGAGCAGGAAAUGGCGUGAUGGUCUUUGUUCCAAAACAGUGGAAUAUCAUCGUCUAGACCAGAAUGUUAAUGAGGCAAUGCCUUCGCUGAAGAUAACCAAUGAUUAUAUUUUUUAAAGCACUGUGAUUUGAGUUUGCUUAUUAUGUAAUUUUAUUUGCUUGACUUUUUUAUAUAAUAUUGUGCAGAUGUUUGCCAUAGGCAGUUGGUACUUAAAAUGAGAGGUGGGUCUCUCUUUAUUUUGCCUUGGUGCUUUCGAAAUGAAAUGUCACAAACAAGGAGUAUAUAAUUUUUUAUCUACACUUUUAGAGGUAAAUUCAAUCAGGUGUCCAUAAUGUGGAGCUAAGCGUUAUCUGUUAGUUUUGUUUUAGAUAUCUUCAUUGUACUUCUUCUGGAAGUAUUAGUAAUACUCGUUUUAUAAGAUCCCAACCUUGUAACUAAAUCCUAACGUAUCUGGUACUGCUGGCUCAGAUUCUCUUUCUGCCAUCCAAAUCCUGUUUCUUAAGCACAUAUUUUUGUGCUCCCAAACUGUUAAUUUACAAGGAUAUGUAUAAUAGUGCUUGGCAUAUAAGUAACAUUUCUUUCUUCCAGGAAAAUCGCUUUGGAUAUUUUUGGAUAAUUUAAACAUAAUUUAAGAUAAUGAUAUUGUUCAAUCUGACCACAGUUUUAGGUACCACAUUAAUAAAUAUCUCUAGAAAUUCUGUCACUAGAGAGACUCUGCGGUUUGCAGUGGACAUAGAUAAAAUGUUAUAGAGAUACCAUAUUUUGGCUUGAAUUACUGAAUAAAAUUUAGAGGUGGAAAUUGUGGCAAAAUAUUAAAUACACAUACAGUUGCUUUCAGUCAGCAAUUGAUUAUAGCACGGGUUCCUCCAAGCUUCACAGCAAGGAGCAGAGUUUAAAAUUAUAUCUGAUUUUUUUACUUUGUUUAUUACUUUAUAGUAAGUUUGAAUAAAUCUUAGGGGCCAUUAGCACUUAAAUAAUUCUGCAUCUAGGCCUUUCAAAUUAAAAUUAUACCUGAGUGAAGUUGUUUGUAUACAUAGAGGAUAUAUGUGUACACUGACUUUUUCUCUCCAGUACUUGUCUUCUUUUCUUCUGUUUUCUUUUUCACAACAACUGGAAAUUAUUUACUGUAUUUCGUUUUACCCUUUCUAUAAUAAAGAAUUAAUCGAUAUGUAGAUAUGUGAUUUGAACCAUGGUUGAUUCACAAGUGUCACUGCAACUUUUUAGAAGACAUAACCCCUAAUAUAUGUUAAACACCCACUGUGAAAGCCUGGGUGAGCCAGUGGGCAUGAGCUGUGCGUAAAGAUGGAGGAAGCAGGGCAAUCCACCAUUUCUUUCGGGUGGACAAUUUACUGUCCUGACUAGGAAGGGGAGCACAAUGGAAAUACAUCUGAACUGUUUUAUGGCAGUAAUUUUUCAUAUCUGAAAUUGUAUUAUUUAAUAUUUUGAAUAAGAUUUUAAAAAUAAAUGGCAAAAAUAUAAACCUA